AGGCUCUAGUCGAUGUCACAUUGAUCUGCGACGAACAAAAACUACGUGUUCACAAGCUGGUUUUAGCUUCGAAUAGUGUAUACUUCGAGAUCUGCUGAUGACUGAGCAGUAUCAUUAAGAUUUUGUUGAAUGAGCUUUAAGGAUCUCUUAUUCUCUAUUAUAAUUGUUUUUUUAUUGUUUAUCUAUAUAAUUAUUUAAUGAUAAAUGGAACUCCUUAAUUGUUUGUACUCGAUGAAGCAAGGGGUCCUAAUAAUGCAUACCACGAGAGAAAACUGUGUUUGACGUUUAUAGAAGAGGACGAUAAUUAUCACUAAAACCCGAAAAAAACAUGUAUACACAGAGAGUAACUAAUUUUUAUCAGCAAAAAUAUUACUGAGUUUGAGCAUUCACGAUUCUUUUCACCUGUUAUUACGUAAACAUGAUGAAAUUUCUUAUAAUACCCACUUCAAAAUCUGGAGGAAAAGUGUAUUUAUGGCAGAACGAUUUUGCAGGGAUAAUAUAAGAUUCGUAUAAAACUAAAGAAAGCCUUGCGUAUUCGGAAUUUCGUUAGUUCUUUACAAACAUUCGAAGAAACCAAGCUCGAAGGGCAUACUUUAUACAGUUUUCAAACACGACACAGCCGUUCUUUAGAAAGGUAUUAAAUAACUAACUCAUAUGAUCUAAGGGUAGAGUAUGUACGCUCGAGUGUCUCUAUUUUCCGAGAGUACGUUUAUCGUCUCAUUGUUCGUGUAUGCGACAAAUCUAUAUAGAGAAAUACAGAAUUGCUUGCAUGAUGUGAUUACCUCUUUUCGUGUACAAAUAAGCCGGAAAUCAAUAUCGCGCGAAAUAAUCUUCAUACGACAGUUUAAAAAGCACAUCGACGACUGAAUAUUAAUCCUUCAACUGCUCUCAGCGGCGCAAGUGCGUUCAUUCACCUGCAACUUGCUCGCUCUUGGUUCGGAGAGUGUCGAAAGCAUGCGAGGAAUAAUUCGAGUCGUGCGCGGUUGAAGGAUUAAAAUUAACGUCUAAAAUUACAUCUAUACAUUUACAUUUAGCUCUAUCUUUCUCUCUUUAUCUUUCUCUCUCGGUCUCUUUGUUAUUUCUUUGCGAUAUUCCCUUUUUUUCGUUGUCCCGCCAUAGGAAAUACUACAGCAAGACUUGGGGCAAGAGCCGAUUAUACUUUUAAAAGACUUGGACUUUGAAAUUCUGAAGGCCAUGGUCGAAUUCAUGUAUUGCGGAGAAACCACGGUGUCCCAUCAAUAUUUGUCGUCCCUGCUCGACGCGGCGAAAAUUUUCAAAGUGAAAGAACUGGUGUCCGUGAUCGACACGAUCGUCGGCACGAAAAGGAUCUUGGACAACCUCGAGACAACUUGCCUGAAGCAGCAGACGGGAGACGGCAGUUUCAAAGUCGCGAACAGCUCGCUCACGGAGAACGAUUACGUCCGUGUCAGAUGUGAUAAGCUGAGCAUGGAGAACGCAUCGCUCUGCGCCGCCGAUAACAGCAAUAACGACGUGUGUUCGAUCAAGGGUCAGUCUUUGGAGAGCGACGCGAUCGACGACACCGAGCACGAGUCCGAGCACACGUUGUACGAGGAGCCGGAGCUCUUCGACGUCGGGAGCGACAAAGUCGUCGCGGAGACGCCGUCGUUCUCGAUGCCCGAGAUCAGCGUCGACUGGCGAAGCGACGCGAACCAAGUACAAACUACGGGAUGCGCACGCGGCAAUAGAGACGCAAUUACUUACUGCAAUAAUAGUCACGACUUAAAACCUAUGCUCUACGAACAAUGCUGUGAUCUUUCCGAGGUAAGCGAUCAAACUACCACCACCUCCUCUUCCUCCUCCUGCUGCUCCACGUCUCGCCUCCCGCGGGUAGACGACGAGCACCGUCUCGAGAGCAGCGCGGACGUUCCUUUUAGCAAAGUAGGCAAAUGCGUCAAGGUUUACACGCACAAGCGGCGCAAGUCCGCCGACGAGAUGCGCCACAAGCUCGUACACACACAAUGCAACUUAGUGCCAACCCCGCCGCCCUCCACGGACUCGAUUGAUCUGCUGGACGAGCCGUCCGAUGUGCCGGUCACUCUGCUGACCUCCCUGGACAUGGAGAGCGACGAGUACAUCUUGAGCCUGAGCACGGAGAGCAUACAGUCCAUAGUAGGUAGUACGAUAAGCGACCAGCACACGGUGAUCGGUUGCAAGAAGUCGAACGCGAGGCCGGUCCUGAGACGGAGCACGCGGCUGAAUCAGCAGGAGAGCGAUGAGGUCGCGGCGACCGAGAAGCCGUUCAAGAAAGGCAGCUCCCCCAACCGGGCGGAACCCGGUUGCGCGAAAGCGAAACGCAAAGGCAGGGAGGAUCGCAAGGUGCCCGAUCAGCACGUCGAGCUGCAGUCCGCCGUGAAGAGGAGCUUGAAGAACAGGAGGAGCAGCUCGAAGCUGAUAGUGAGGAAGAGCGGCAAGGCGGUGGAGGAGUCGAGAACGACGAGCGGCGGAGUCAGGAGCGAGGAUGCCGAAGGAUACGCGAGGACGGUGUUUCGAAGCCCCGUCUCGCCGGUGAAGUUCGACACGAUCGGCGGCAUCGACCGCGCCCUCUGGGGCGAUCGGUCCGACAAGCUGAGCGAUGAGGAGAACAACGAGACGACGGACUCGCUCGUUUAUUCGCCCAACAACGCGAUCCCCUUCGCGGUCGGGUUGCUGCCGCUGCGCACCGCUUUGGAGAAGAUGCAGGCGACGCCGGAUUACCAGCCGCGCAAGACCCGCUCGUCGUUCGCUGCCCCGUCGUCGCGGCAGGACGCCAGCGCGCUCAAGCGAAAGGCGAACUGCGCCUUCCCGGACAUCGCGAGGAAGCAGCAGGGCAGCGUCGGCAACGCCGCCGAGAGCCCGAAGACCGUUUGCCAUAUACAGAUUAAAGCGGCGCCGUCGCAGGACGUGAAGAGCCGCAGGUCGCGCUUGCUCGGCGACGGCCGUCGCGAGCAGGCGAUUACGCAGGUUAGUUAGGAUAGGCUCGGGAUGUGAGGCGGUGCUCGCGAGACGGCCGCGGGACUUCUCGUGGGAGGAGGAGGACCUUGAUGAACCAGCUCUCUCUCUCUCUCUCUCUCGAGUCAAGUUGUCCCUUGGUAUUCGCGGAGGGAGGGAAAUGUGAGAGAUUCUCAAGAUUGAUCAUUUAUUUCGUCGCCGCAUGCAUGGAGUGUAUCAUUGUACUCGUCUCCUCGAGAUUCGCGCGCUGAGAAUGAUCUCUACAAUCGAUCGGGGGGGAGGGUGAACGCAUAGAACUACCUUCACGAUCGUGUUUUCGCAUAUAAGAAGGAAAUUCUCUCGCGCGCGCGCGCGGCUGUCUCGUCGUGGCUCGUGUAUAGAUAUAUAUAUUAUUGCGCAAUAUAAUAUACUUGGUGGGGAAAAAAAAAACACCGUGUGUUUCUCUUAACUCGUUCAUCAUGCGUACGUAAGUCUAUUUUUUAUAAUGUUAAUUUAACUGUAAUUUAGCUUGGAAUAUUAUUAUUGAAUCUGCAAUUUUGUAUAGGUGUAAGCAUUGUGCUUCAACGAAGUUUAAAGAAAACAUCAUGUCUUUUCUUUUCUUUUUUUUUUCUCUUUUCACUUCCUUUCUUUGUUCGUGUUCGCAAUCGUUUCGCAGCAAAUUACAGGUAGUGAUUGAGCGACGUUUUUGCACCGUUUACAUUAAGCCUAUCAUCAAAUUAACCCGUUAACCUGGUCAUUACUACCUGUGAAAAUGAUUGUGUUUGAACACGUGAGAAUGAAUACUUUAUAGUCCAUUAGCGACUUCUAUGUAAAAUAUAUGCCCGGAAUUAAUUUUAAGCAUUGUAAAGUGACACGCGCAAUAGAGGGAGAAAGAAAGAAUAAGGAUAAUGUUAUAUUUUUAUAAA